AUGGCGCCUCCUCAAUCCACCAGCGCGGCCACCUCGUCCCCUUCAGGCCCCUCCAUAACAAUCUCCUCGCCCUCGAACCCCACAACCCCGACCCACGAGCGUCACUCCUCCAUCUCCUCCCAUACCAGCACCUCCUCUGCCGCCUCGACCGCAACAGACGACUCCCGCAUCCACCCGCCCAACGACGAUCACCUGUCUAUAUACCACGGCGACCUCGGCGCAGAGAGGGUGCUCAGUCCGGCGCUAUCCCGCACGAAUUCGAGACGGCCGCCGUCGCUGAAGCGGAAUGUGACGGCGAAGUCGAUGGGUGGGGCUUCGGUGAUGACAACUGCGACGUCGGAUCCAGUGUUUGAGAUUGACUUUGACGAGGAUGAUAGAGCGAAUCCGAAGAAUUGGAGCAUCAAGAUGAGGGGCUUGAUUAUUGGGGGUGUGAGCUAUUCGACCAUGACUGUCGUCCUCUACUCUACCUCUUACACAUCCGGCAUCCCGGGGAUGAUGGAGACCUUCGGCAUCAGCUCUACAACAGUCAUAGUGCUAGGCCUCACGACCUACCUCUUCGGGCUGGCCGUCGGCUCUGUUGUCCUAGCUCCCCUCUCAGAGAUGUACGGGCGCAGGCCUAUCUAUUUGUUCACAAUGGCGCUCUUCAUGCUCCUUAUUCUGCCAUGUGGUCUAGCUCAGAAUCUUGAGACGAUACUGAUCACACGCUGGUUCGGAGCCUUCAUGGGCGCAGCGAUGAUUGGGAACGCGCCGGGAACCGUGAGCGAUAUUGUGAGCGACGAGCACCGGGCGCUAGCGUUUAGUAUAUGGAGCAUUGGGCCUAUGAAUGGGCCCGUCAUCGGCCCCUUAAUAGGCGGCUUUGUCUACGAGUAUCUCGGCUGGCGCUGGACCAACUGGAUAGUGAUGAUCAUGUCCGGCGUCGCUUUCGCCAUCAUGGCUUGUAUACCGGAGACGUACGCGCCGGCCAUCCUGCGUCGCCGCUCUAAGAAGAAGAAGAAGGAGGCGGGAGACAAUAGAUGGUGGAGCCGCUAUGAUGAUAAGACGAACUUCUGGCCGCUGCUUAAGGUGAAUCUGAGCAGACCGUUUGUCAUGACUGUUACGGAGCCGAUAUGUAUAUUCUGGGACCUCUACAUCGCCGUUAUCUACGCAAUCCUCUACCUCUGCUUCGUCGCCUACCCAAUCGUCUUCUCUCAGCUCCGCGGCUGGUCCCCCGGCCUCACCGGUCUCGCCUACUGCGGCAUCGGCACGGGUUCCCUCAUCAUCAUCGCCUGCGAGCCCCUCUGCCGGCGCCUCAUCAACAGCCACGCCCCGGACCCGUCUACCGGCCGCCCGCCUCCGGAAGCAAUGGUCGCGGUCGUCUGCAUCGGCUCGAUUUGCGUGCCGGCCGGCCAGCUCAUGUUUGCGUGGACCUGCACCCCGAACGUGCACUGGAUCUGGCCAAUUCUGGCGGGGAUACCGUUUGGGGCGGGGAAUUGUGCGGUGUUUAUUUACAGUAGUAACUACCUUGUUCACAGCUACGGCAUCUACGCGGCUUCAGCGCUCGCGGGGAACGCGGUUGCAAGGAGCGUGGUGGGGGGUACGCUGCCGCUGGCGGGACCGGCGAUGUAUCAGGCGCUUGGGGCGAAUUGGGCGGGUACGGUGCUUGGCCUUAUGGAGGUGGUGUUGAUCCCGAUUCCGUUUGUGUUUUAUAAGUUUGGCAGCAAGAUUAGGGAGAAGAGUGCCUUGAUUAGGAGUAUGAGGGAGGAUGCGGAGAGGUUGCAGGGAAAGAAGAUGAAGGCGGAGGAGAAGAAGGCGGCAGAGGGGAGAGAAAGGAAGGCUGGCGCUGAGGGGAAGGAUUUGGAGAGUGGAGGAGUGUUAGCUGAGGUGGGAGUGAAAGAUGAGAAGGGAGGUUGA